AAGCAGGCAGACAACACAAAAGAACAAGAAAGAGGAGUGGGUUGGCUAAAGGGUGAAGAAACCAAAUAAGAAAAAGAUAAAAAGGGGAAAAGGUCGCCCAGCGGCUGAAACCGACCUGCAUUGCUCCUCGCUGCUUUGGAUUCGCACUUCGCAGCUUGAGACCGGGAGCAGGACGAGCGGCGGAAUGGGUUCCGGAUCCGGAUCUUUCCUCAAGGUGGUGGUAAAGAACUUGGAUGUUCUUGCGGGGCCUAUAGUUUCACUUGCUUAUCCACUAUAUGCAUCUGUUCGAGCGAUAGAAACAAAAUCUGCUGUAGAUGAUCAGCAAUGGCUCACAUACUGGGUGUUGUACUCGUUUAUCACUCUAUUUGAGCUCACUUUUUCUCCGGUACUUGAAUGGCUUCCUUUAUGGUCUUAUGCUAAAUUGUUUUUCAAUUGCUGGUUGGUCUUGCCCUACUUCAAUGGUGCUGCACAUGUCUAUGAACACUUUGUGAGGCCAAUGGUUGUCAACCAGCAAAUAGUUAAUAUCUGGUACAUCCCAAGAAAGGAUGAGUCAGAUAGACCCGAUGAUGUGAUAUCAGCUGCGCAGAGAUACAUUGAACAAAAUGGAUCAAGAGCGUUUGAAAGUCUGGUUAACAAGUUUAAGGCUUCAAACACAAGGCGCUCCAUUCUGGAGGAGGUAGAGGCUGAAAGAAGAGCCAAGGCUGAACUAGAAGCAGAAGCAAGGGAUGAGAAUCCUUUCUUCAAUCAAAAUUAUCGGUACUAGAAGUCAGGGUUCAUAGGAUCAAAUUUAUGCUCAUGGGGUAUGUGUUCAAACGAUCAUGGAUUAGUGUAAAUAGGUUCUAGGAUUCGAGUAUUCUUGCUACUCUUGUUGAUGCAGGGUUCUUGCCAUGAAGUAAUAAAUACUAGUGAACUAGAUUUGGCUUCUAUCAUAUGAAAAUGCUAGAAUGAACAACAGCAUCUGCAGACAACUGAUUUGGGAAUUUUGUUUGGUCCUGUCUAGCAACACAUAUGAGGCGAUCUGUUCACAGAAUUAGCACCAAUUACUCUAUUGUACCGCUGGCCCCGCUCUUGCCGGAUGGACCGUUCCAACGUAAGAACGACUUACGAGUA